AACCAUACUCAAUUCUCUCAUCCAUCUUUUUUCUCUAAAAAAAUUAGUCGGUGAGUUUCUAAUAUGUACGUGAGAGUCUUGAGCAAAGUGUAAGGGUGUUUUUUUGUGGAGCUUUGGAUUCUCUUACUUGUGCAGAGUAGAUCCGAACCAUACGAUAAAAUGUCGGGCUGUUUAUAUCCUGGAGGGGAUAAAUCAAAGAUUUUCUACUACACCGGUUUGUUACCGUAGAGGGCUUGAAUCUCCUUAAACAGAGCGAGAUUUUUGCGACUCAGCCUGUUAAUUUGUCCAUUAUAAUUUUGUUCUUUGGUGUAAACUUUUGUAAUAUCACCAACAAUUUUAAGGAGAUUCAACAAUGGACCAAAUAGCUGAGAAACCCAAAGAGAAUAUCGGAGAUCUCAACAAGCCCUUCAAGUUCAAGGGACCUCACUUCAAGCGAUGGAAAGGCAAGGUGCUCUUCUAUCUCAGUCUCCUCAAGGUGGCCUACAUCCUAACUGAGAAGGAUCCCAAUAAAGUUUCCACCGAUGGGAUGACCGAUGACGAAAAAUAUGCUCAUCUUGAACAAGUUGAGCAGUACAAUGCAGAUGAGUAUAAUUGUCGGUAUUAUCUUCUAAAUUGCCUUGCAGAUCAAUUUUAUGAUUAUUAUGAUACUACUUACUCCACUGCAAAGAAAAUUUGGAAAGCUUUGCAGAGCAAAUAUGAUACUGAGGGGGCAGGUGCAAAGAAAUAUGCAGCUAGCCGUUUUUUCCGCUAUCAUAUGAUAGAUGGUAAAUAUGUUGUGGAGCAAGUACAAGACUUCCAAAUGAUUGUGGUGGAGGUACGAUCUGAAGCAUCAAAAUUGGGGACAAUCUUUUGGUAGUAGGCAUCAUUAACAAAUUACUACAUUUAUGGAGGGAAUUUCAGAAAUCAAUGCGCCACAAGCAAAAAGAGACGACCCUGGAGACUUUGAUUACUCGCAUCCGAGUGGAGGAGGAGGCUAGAGGACAAGAUGCACUUAUAACU